AUGCCGGCCUCGGACGGCGCGGGCACCGGCCCCAAGCGCACGCAGUUCGCCGCGAGCGACGGCAAGUACCGGCUCGCGCGCUCCUGGUCCCACCCCAACGGCCCCGUGCCGUUCAACCCGGCGGGAGGCUCCAAGGUGACCGUCGCGAAGCUGCCCGCGCCGCGCGGGCACCAUCGCCCCGCGCGCUACCUCGUUUUCAACGUCAACGACACCCUGCUCGUGUACGAUUACGACGAGCCGUCCGUCGCCGCGGAAGGCGCGGCGAAGCGCUCGUCGUUCUACGGUGGCUACGGCGGCUACGGCGGCUACGGCCCGUCGUCCAAACCCGCUGCGAACCCGACGCCGGACGAUCCGAACGCGACGAAACCCGCGGACCCGAUCAGGACGCUCCAGUUCCCCGGCACGCUGGUGACGUGCCACGCGUUCCGGGAGCAGGGCGGCGGACACCAGAACCAGAACGACCUCUUAAUCGGACUCGCCAACGGCGAGGUGGUCCUCACGUCCCUGCGCGCCCUCGUGGGCGAACGAAACCCCGUUCAUCGCCCGGGGUCCACCUCCCUGGACGACGAUCCCACCGCGCCCGCCGGCACCGGCGCCACGUCAUCCGCCACGUCAUCCACCACGUCAUCCGCCAAGCUCCCGCCCGGCACCCUCCGGUUCAACACCGACGGCGGCGGCGGCUUCGGCGGCAGCGAACGCGCGAGGCUCGAGUCUCCCGCCAACGCGUCGCGAUGCAAUCACGUGGCGUGGUGCGGCAAUGGCGGCGUCGAUCGGCUCGGUGGGUUCGUCACGUGCCACGGCGACGGCAACGUGUACGCGUACUCCGUUUCGCGCGACGCGUCCAUGGACCCGUGGUUCCCGGCCAUCGUUGGGGACCCGAACGCGCCGUCGGUCACGCCGGGGAGGAGCGGCGUGGAUGGCCAGACGCUGGCCAACCCCUUUGCCAGGUGGCACCUCGGAGCCGGCCCGAUGUCCUGCGCGAGCUUCUCCCCCGACGGGCAGUACCUCGCCGUCGCCGGCGGCGCGGAUGGGAUAUGCCGGAUCCUGGACGUGACGCACUGGGAGCGCCCGCGGCUGUGCGGGGGGUUCAAGAGCUACUACGGGGGCUUGCGAACGGUGCGGUGGGCGGGGGACGGUCACUACGUCCUCGCCGGGGGCGAGAGCGACCUCGUCGAGGUUUGGGCGGUUCCCGAGGGACGGUACUGCGCGGCGUGGGCGGACGGCCACGCGAGCUGGGUGACGUGCGCGUGCGAGGACGCGCACGUGCUGGACGACGCGGACCACGAUCACGACAGCGACCACGACGACGACGGCGACUUAAAUCGGGGUUUAAAUAGGGUUAAAUCGCCGGGGCCGGUUCGCAUGCAGCAGGACGUCUCGGGCACGCCGGUCGGGGGCGGCGCCAACUACGACGACCUCCUCGUCACCGACGAUCGCGCGGAGACGCUCCGGUUCGGGAGCGUCGGGCAGGACUGCCAGCUGUGCCUCUGGGACCUGCCGCUGGAGGCGCCGACGGGGGUCGACGCCGGCGCGGGUGGCGAUCCCACCGGCGGCGUGAACAUCCCGGGCGCGCCCUCGACCGGAACGAACGACGGGUUCGAAUCCGACGGCGCCUUCGAGCCCCCACCCCCGCCCCCGCCGCCGGUGCCCAUCCCGGUCCUCCCCGCAGGAACCGCGCCGCCCAACGCGGGCGGGGGGUCUUCGCUGCUCAAGUCGCCGUCGGGCAUGAUACGAAGCGCGAGCAAGAGCAUGCUGAGCUCCAUGGGCAGCAUGGGCGUGUCCGGGGGGAAAUCGGGGCUGGGUAAGUCGAGCAAGGCGGCGCAAGGCGGCGCGGCGGAUGGAGGAGGCGGGAACGUGAACGGGAACGGGCGCGCCGGUGUGGACUCUGGCGCCGCCAGCGCCGCGAGCUCGCCGACGGCGUCGUCGCCGGCUGUGUCCCGGCGCGCGUCGCUCGACGCGGAAGCCGCCAACGAAGCCGACGCGGCGGCCGCGGGGGGUGCCGCGGGGGGUGCCGCGGGUGCCGAGGGUGCCGACAAGAGCGCCGGUCCGAGCAUUCACUCGUACGUCGGCGGUCUCAUCUGCGCUCCGGCGACGCGGCGCGAGGUGCCGGAGACGUUGGCCGCGACGGCGUCGUACAAGAUCCACGCCGAGCCGUGCACGGACGUGGUCUUCACCGAGGAAGGGGUGGUGACGGCGUGCGCGGCGGGGGUGGUGAAGCUGUGGAUCCGGCCGUUGCACGGCGAGAAGUGA